ACUAUUAUAAAUGUAUGACUUGUAUAUCGGACAAAGUGAAGACCGAUCGCCUAACACAACGGGGUCCGUAUAUCGAAACAGUUACAGUAAACAAAGUGAGGACCCAUCCGGAUAUAUUCUCACUUAGCGCAUACAGAGUGAGGACCGUACAAGGUUGCCUAUGUCAACUGGUCUUUCUCAAAGUUCACUUUGUUUGAUAUAGAGAGGUAGUUGUUGACCAUUUCAGUAGUUUUAAUAGUUACCAGAUAAGAUACAAUUCGUGAGCGUCUGCGAAAUUCGAAUCAUCUAGGAGAGUUGAAACACUC